CAUCGACCGGUCCCGAACAGCCUCCAGUUGCAGAGAACAAGCAUGCCCACCCAUGGCAGCCUCGCAUGCCGAACCAGCCUGAGCGCAUCUGGGGCUCCGGCAGCCAACCCCCCCGAAACCUCUGGGGCGCUCCUAAUAACGAUCGGACACUUGGCAACGGUACAUUCAGCGCAAACGCGGGCUUCGAUACUCAGCCACCCCAGCCAGCCCCGAUGCACGGCAAUCGCCCAGUUCCUGGGCCUAUCGCGCCACCGAGGGGCGCCGCCUCGAGCGGUCCGUCGUCUCGACUGGGCCCCAUCGGGCCGCCUCAGCGUCAUGAGCCACGUUCCACAGACGAGAAGGAGAGGAACAGGAGUCGUUGGGCUCAAGCAGCGAUGGCGGCUGAUGAAGAUCUGCUGGCCGAAGAGCGAGAACGCCGUGCGGAACUGGAACGAGACAUGAGAGCACGAGGCUUGAGCUAUGCAGACAUGGAUGCGCCGAUCCAGGAUUCGUGGAUGGAGAGAAACGAGGAAGGCAAAGUCCAAAAGCGUGCAGAGUUGACCUAUAGCAACGCUUCUGCACCAUGGCACGUCACGCCUGGAGCUGGGCAGGACGACCAGCGACGCGUCGCAGUUCCACCAUCUGCAGGUCAAAAUGGCAGUGCUGCCGCCACUUCGCAAUCUAGAUUCUUUCCUUCGGGUAGGGAUGCGCAGCAAUUAGAGCCUCUGGCUCCGGAUACAGGUCGGCCUUUUGAAGAGGACGCAUUUGGUGGCGAUACUCUGUACUCCCACGCGGCUCCACCCAUCAGAGUGAAGCUUCCUCCGGCUCCGACAGUCACUGCACCACCUGCAUCACAACGACACGGCCAGCCAGGUCCCAGCUGGGGUCAAGGGCCCUCGCUUCGGGACGAUGGCGCAGGACGUGGCCAGGCUUUGAAGCCGAGUUUCGGUGCUUCACACACGGGUACCAGCCAAGGCGUGAACACACCAAUCAUGGAUCGCAUCAAAAAUCUCUUUGCAGACAAGCCAUCAAGUGUCAACUCGUCCAGCAGGACUGCCUUGUUACAACCAUCCCCUGCCACGCCAGCUACUGUGUCACUGCCAUUCAUCUACGCACCAAGCACCAUCGUUAACGAGCGCUCCUUCACCACCAAGAAGAUGGAUGAGGAUUGUUUUGAGGAGCAAGAAAUGGGCUCAUUGCCACUCGUUCACCUUCCGGCGGACAUCCCUGAUGCGGCUUACAACCUCGCAAAAGCCCCACCACGACAGGAUAGGAGACUGCUCCCGGUGAUGGCUACUACGGCUGAGGCUCUACCGUUCUUCCCUGACAGCAGAAAUAUCUUCAUUCAGUUGCCAAACGGUCCAGACCGGAAGAGCGUUUCACGAGGUAGCCUUCGAAGCCCUAAUCCUCGGCGGGGUAGCCGUGGCCCCUCGCGCUACGGCUCCUCCUAUCGAGGUGGGAACCGUGGCCGAGACUCUGCCACUCCAUAUUCUCCUGAGCAACCGUCAGCCUCGGGAGCAAACACUGGCAGCGGGGCUGGCCGCGGUGGCCGAGGCUACCGUGGAAGAUCUGACAACUGGGGUCGUGCCGCAGCACCGGCUAUCCAGACCCAGUAAGCUGGGCAUUCAGGAAUUCCGUCUCCGCCGCAAAUUGCCGACUGUGACACAUUACGACUUGGUCAAUAAUCUGGCUUCGUUGCACUGGUGUCUGUCUUCAUCUACUACAGAGUCGUUCUGUAAUGGAACUGCCUUGUGCACAUCCUUGUUUGCAUUCGGCCGACUUGCAAAAAUUCGUCUGAUCCUAGGCUGUCAUCAGCUAGACAGAUAGUUUCUGUAUCCUUUCUACGACUUCACACUCACGGAAGAUCAUUUUACCCAACCUUGGGGGCAUGCUAUUGCGGCUUUGGAAGACACUGGCGGUAGCGGGUUUGACAGAAAGCUUCGAGUGUGGUCGGAACAGCGGGGGACGGACUUGAUUCUUUCGCUGGCCACGAGCUCAUGCGAUCAAAAAGAGGAAGAGGCUCUGCGUACUUUGCAAAGGAGUGACUCACCUGUCGCCGUGUGUUUGGCUCUUGUUUUCUUUAUUUCAGUCGUGGCAAUCCCUGUCCGACACUACUACUAUGGUGGGUGCUGCAGAGCAAGCAGAGAAUGCUGCGUCCACGUUUAAGAACACAGUCAACUUCGUAUUAUGAAGGAAGAGCAAGGAAACGGCUUUUCGUGCGAAGUUCGAGAAAUGAUUUGAGAUGGAAGAAGAUCUUCUCCGUCUUUACUGACUUUGGAAGUGGCCUCGAGGAAGAUUGUCUCUUCUUCUUUCUCUCUUCCCCGACGAGGCCACAUAUUUUCUGCUCGAUACGAGAGGCAGAUCGUCUAUCAAAUCAACACGAAAACAAAAGGACGAUCCUCCCUUUCGGGCGAAGAAGCUGGAACUAUUUCCUCUGGCAGACCAGAGCUUAUGAUAGGCAGAAUAAAAUGCAAAUGACUGAC